CCUGUCAAGGUAGAUAAGAGACCAUGUGAUGCAGCCCGGCAGUAGACGGGUGGCACCGCAGGGUAAAGGUGAGCAGCGCAGCACGGAGCGAAGCGAAGCUACGCAGGGAAAGGAGGAAGGCAGCAGCCGACCGCUCUGCUGGGAGCGGCUCAUCCGGCUAGGCUCUUCGCAGCGGAACUAUCUCCUGCCUUGAUGCCCUGAAAAGUUUGCCGAGCGCCUUGAUACAACACAGAAGCCCAGAGUCAGAGAGGGGAGACCAGCAUGUCCUUUAACAGAAAGAACUGGUCUGCACUUUCCAGCCUGGCCCAACAAUGGAGUGUAGAAGAUGAGGAAGAACAAGAAAGGGAGCGCCGGCGAAGACAUCGGCAGUUGAGUUCCAGCUCUGAUGCCAAGCAGGAAACUUCCAGUACAGAGCAAAAGGUCACCUGUCGAGUACCAAAUAGGUUCCAUAAUUCCUCUGAAGAAAAGCCAUUAAACUCGGGGAACUCCAUACUGGAGAUUGAUAGGAAACUGGUAGAGACAUUAAAUAAGCCAAACAGUAGAAGGACAAAGUGGAAGGCAGAGAACUUAAAUAAUGUGAAACAGGAUAAGAAGGAUACAGUGAAUGUCAGGAAGUUGGAAGUUGAUGAAGAGAAAGCUGAGUCUGUUGUGGAACCAGUGCAGGAACAGAAAGAGCCCAAACUGGAAGAAUACCCGGACAUGGGUCAACAGAAAAACCCUACAGAAGACAAACCUCAAAACUUGCGUCUGAUAAAGAGGGAGCCAGUAGUGAAAAAACAUGAAAACUUGGAGCAGGACAACAAAAACCCUCAAUUGUCUAAGGAUCAGCAAUCCAAUGAGAAGCAGAAGGUUCUGAAUGCACAUGAAUCCCAGGGGGCACCUGAAACCCAGAAUGAGAUGACAACACAAAAAUCUCAGCGAGCUGCUUGGGAACGUAGGAGCAUCAGUCGGCUUGAAGUGAAGAUUAACUCAAGAGUAAGAAACAGCACAGAAGCAUCUUCACCUCCACCUCCCUCUGGCCCACAGGCCACAGAAAGAAGUAUCCCUAAAAUUGAUGAAGCUGAUGGUCAAGAUGGAUCAGAGGUCUCCUCUUCAGUCUCUCACCCUUUGGUUACCUACAGUAGCUCAUUCAGACGAGUCAGUCCAAGGACAAUCUCCUUCCGGGUGGUCUCCCCGAAAGAUAAACAAGAUACACUAAGCAGAAGUGCUAGUAUGAGGCUUCCAGCAAGUACAGCUAAAUUUGGGGAGAAGCUGGAGAAAUAUACAUCUGCUGUGCAGAGAGCAGGAUCAAUUAAACUGUCUCCAUCUGCUCGGAAAAACUUCCAACCAUCCUCAGAGGGCGUGGCCAGCAAGCGCAACAUCUUUGAAGCCAAUGCUGCUGUCAGGGCUGAGCCUGUCACCACUGUCCGGAAGGAGAGUUUGACAAUUCCAGGAGGAGUUACAUCUCGCAUCAAUCUGUGGAUCAGCCGAUCUCAGGAGCCCAGCAAGGAUGAAGGACUCAAGGAUACUCGGAGACCUGAGAACAUGGCACAGCAAAGUCAGUGGAGGGAAGGGCCCAGUGAGUCUUGAAAGAAAAUGAGGAUAUAACACAGCAAGCUGCUCUGGGGAACGUUUAUCUCCAUUUAAUGAAAGGCCUGGACCGCUUGAAAUUCUCCUGUUUCUCUUGGUUUUGGAAUGUUCCUUUCCAUUAGGCCAUUCAUCUGUAAAAGAGCGUCUAUCGGCCAAAGCUGCCUUCAGUGCCUUUGCACAAAUGGGGAUUCUUGGUGCCUUUAAAAAAUAUUGCUUCUGAUUGGUGGAUGGGAAAAUUGAUACUUACGGAAUAAAAACUGUAUUACCCUGCUCAUUUCUUCCCAGUUCUGCAUUUCCUAGCCCCCAAAUGCAGACCACCUAAUCAUUGGAUGGUACUUUUGCAUUUGUUGUGAUGACUAACAUAAUAAGGUCCAUGUGUAUCUACCAGCAGCUAGCUUUGUUUGCCCUCACUGAUGUCAUCCAGUGGCCAAAUCUGACUGGCUAUAUACCAGUGCUGGUGUUGUAAGGAUGAAGAAGGCCAGUUUGAAGGAACAAAAAAGACACAAAGUUGCAACUAUUUGAGAUGGAAGGAGGUUUACAUGGAGUGCUUGACACUGCUGUUUGAAUGCCUGGAGCAGGGAAAAAUGUCUGCCCAAAUGGGUAUUGUGGGGAUUCUAUCUGCUGCUCCCUCCAUGAAAAUAAUUGUCCCAAAGACCUUUCUAAACUCCCUAAGGGCUGGGAGCUGGGGUUUUCAGUGUCCAAGAAAACUGGUCUCCUAACUGAGACCAUUUUAGUGGAGAAAAAGUCAUGGCAACUGGGAGCUGCAUUAGGGCAGCAGGUUCUUUUAUCACUGUAAUUCAUUGAAAGUCAUUUUAGCUUGAGCUGAAGAUUUUAAUUUUAUUUGGCUACAUUCACCUAAUUUUAGAUUCAGUGGUUGAGGGGAUAUUUGGCUCUCGCUGUGUUUCAUAAUAAAUAUCACUUUGGUUCAAGAA